AUGGCGAAUAAAGGCAUGGAUCGAUCUUUCUUGACGGCUUCUGUCGAGGAGCUGGUUGAUCAGAUGUCCUUGACUGAAAAGCUGUCUCUCCUUGCAGGCGAGGAUUGGUGGAGAACUGUAGCUGUACCAAGGCUCAAUAUUCCUUCUAUCAAAGUCACAGAUGGUCCUAAUGGCGCGCGAGGACAAUCGUUCUUCAAAAUGACACCUGCCGUUGUACUUCCCAACGCCACGAGUCUGGCCGCAACCUUUUCAACAACACUUCCAGGUGAAGCUGCUCGAUUACUGGCUGCCGAGACUAAAGCGAGAAGGGCUGUCUGCCUUCUUGCGCCAACCAUCAACAUCUGUCGAAGUCCCCUUGGAGGCCGAGCUUUUGAGUCAUUCAGCGAAGACCCCACUCUUAGCGGUCUGAUGGCAGCUGAGUACAUAUCUGCCCUCCAAGCCGAAGGCAUCAGUGCGUCAAUCAAGCACUUCCUCGCCAAUGAUCAAGAACACGAGCGAAUGGGUCAAGAUUCCAUUAUCGCGCCCAGAGCACUCCGUGAAAUCUACCUGCGCCCAUUCCAAAUUGCUCAAGCUCGUAGCCAGCCUUGGGCAUACAUGACGUCGUACAACAAACUCAAUGGCACCCAUUGCUCCGAGAACAAGUGGCUGCUGAAUGACUUGCUCCGAGAAGAAUGGGGGUUUGACGGACUCGUCAUGUCUGACUGGAUGGGGACCUACUCUGUCGCAGAAGCUAUUAACGCUGGACUAGACUUAGAAAUGCCUGGAAAGCCCCGAUGGCGACAGCUGGGCCUGGUGCGCCAAUCCAUCAAUGCCCAUAAAAUUCGGCCCGAGACAAUCAACGAAAGAGUAAUAACCGUUUUGAAGUGGGUGCAGAAGCUUGCUGCUAAGAAUCAAACCAUCGUCUAUGAACAGGAUGACUCAACCGAGUUUACCAGAAAUGAAGAUCAAGAAAAAGAUGCGGCUCUGGUCCGACGCCUCGGAAACGAGGGAAUCGUCCUGCUAAAGAAUGAAGCCUCAGCUCUUCCUAUCCGCUCUGGCAAGGUAGCUGUCAUUGGGCCAAGUGCCAAAGCCAACAUCAUUACCGGAGGUGGUAGUGCCAGGCUCCGCCCAGCCUGGUCUGUGACACCAUGGCAAGGUCUGGUAAACAAUAAGCCUACUGAUGUAGAGUUGUCUUAUUCCCUCGGUUGCAAAGGAUCGAAAUUCCUCCCAGUCUUCGGCGAGGAAUUCACGAGCGAAGACGGCAAGACACCAGGCUUCGAUAUGCUGCACUACGCCAUCACCGCUGAUGGCAAGCAAGCAAGUCAGCCAGCUGUAUCUGAGGUGUGGAAUAGUUCAGAUAUCAUGCUUGCCGAUUUCUCCCAUCCCGAUCUAGGCGCUGAUUAUUAUACGGAGAUUCGAGCGCUCUUCACUGCGCCAAUUACAGGUGAUUGGCAGUUUGAAGUUAGCGUCACAGGCCAAGCAUGGGUGUACCUUGAUGAUGAGAUGGUUGCCGAUUUGUCAAAAGAGCAGAAGCGAACUUCGUCGUUCUUUGGCAACGGUGGUAAUGGCACUGUAAUCACGAUUUCAGUGGUCAAGGAUAAGGUGUACAAAUUCCGUCUCCUACACGACUCCAGGAAACCUCCGCUAGCACCAGGUCAGGACAGCCAGCCACUACAACUGAUUGGCAUGAAACUCGGCUCAUUCCGAGCCCUCAGCGAGGACCAUAGCAUUGAAGAGGCUGUUCAGCUUGCUAAGAAGUCGGAUACGGCUGUUUUAGUCGUCGGCUUAGAUCAAGAUUGGGAAUCGGAAAGCUACGACAGGCCCAAUUUGUCUCUACCUCUCCGGAUGAACGAACUAGUCCAUCGCGUGGCCACAGAGGCACCAAACACAAGAACUAUCGUUGUCUUACAGACAGGGUCUGCGGUUUCAAUGCCUUGGUUGGAUAACGUUGAAUCAGUCGUGUGGCCCUGGUACGGUGGUAACGAGGCAGGCAAUGCAAUCGCCGACAUUGUUUACGGAGCUGUCAACCCUUCAGGUCGACUACCCAUUACGCUACCUAAGCGAGAACUUGACAUUGCUGCGAACUUGAACUUCAAAUCCGCCCGGACCAAAACGUAUUACGAAGAAGGUAUCUGGGUUGGUUACCGACACUUCAACGCACGGGGUAUAGAACCAAUGUACCCAUUCGGGCACGGGUUGUCAUACACAUCAUUCGAGUAUUCUAACCUCUUCGUGGCCCCAUCUGCUUCAAGUUCGCCAGACACAUGGGGUAUCCAGGUUUCCGUCACCGUGACGAACACAGGCAAUGUAGCUGGUAGCCAUUCAGUCCAUUUCUAUGUCACGCCACCGCCUGCAACCUCCAACUCCCUUACGCAUCCCGAAGUCACUCUGCAGGCGUUCGCAAAAUCUGCCAUAAUUUCACCAGGUCAAUCUGAGACAGUUACUGUGAAGAUGGACAAAUAUGCAAUUUCUCAUUGGGACGAGCUGACUUCUAUGUGGCGGGCUGAGCCUGGGACAUGGCACGUCAAGAUUGGCAAAGAUGCCCAAACUAUGUGCGCAGAAGCGCCUUUUGAUGUUGCAACUGGGUUUAAAUGGCGAGGCGUUUGA